UAACGAAAAUUUUAAAACGGUUAUUAUUGUCCGAACCGCGAAUCACUGCUCUGUUAGCAACAAAAAAUAGAAAAAAAUAUUUCACCAUGUUGCGAUUGGUUGUCUUAAUUUGUGCAGUGUUUGCAGGAGCGUACGCGCAGUCCACUCAGUCAUGUACUGUCAACAGUGGUAACCUUCCUCUGCACACCAUCAUCGAGGGCUGUGAGGCCGCCCCCUGCGCGCUGCCACAACGGGAGGACCUUGUGCUGCACGCCAUCUUCAAACCUCCGUACUCAUUGGACUCCAUGCGCACCCUGGCUACAUUUUACCUCAGUAUUGGUGCCAUCAGCAUCCCCGUCCCCUACGACCUGGGCGAGAUUUCUUAUACCUGCAACUACUUGAACAACCGCUCCUGUCCUGUUAACCAAGGAGAAAUCUUGCACUACACUCUAAGGCUACACAUUGAAGAGAUCUUCCCACAGGGAACCUCAGCUCCCGUAGAAUUCCGGGUCAUCGAUGACGCUACACAUGAAGCCAUCUUCUGCGUUCGUGUGCCGAUAGUCAUCACCGCCCCACUGUCCGUUGCUUAAGAUUCUUUAUUUUGUCCCUAAAGUCAUCCCAAAGUCUCAAUUAUCACCGCAAAAGAGAUCCAUGAAGGGUAACUUUGAUGUGCGUUUUGCGACUGUACGCUGUGACUGUACAAAAAUGUAGUUAAACUGAUUUCGAAUUUUUCAAAUAAAUAUACUUAUUAUUA